AAAGAUGAGUGUUCCGGUGCACAAUCUCAGUGGGAAUCCGACAGCGGCCUGGGCGGAGAUCUCCAAGAGUCAGAGAGUGAUAAAAAUCGCCGUGAAACCGCCGACAGGAAGUGUUCCGCAGAAUAAGGUGAGGGUGGUGUGCAUGAGUGACACGCACGGCCUCACGCCCUACAUCAAGUUCAACAUUCCCGAUGGUGAUAUCUUCGUGCACGCGGGCGAUUUCACGCGAUGCGGCGGCCUUGACGAAGUGGUGGAAUUCAAUACGUGGCUGGAGAAGCUCCCGCACAAGCACAAGCUGGUCGUGGCCGGAAAUCACGAGCUGAGCUUCGACGAGACGUUUCAGUCAGUGCACAGCAUGUCGUCGGAGCGCCGGAAGCACGCGGGAACGGCGCUGAUAGACGAGCUCCCGACGCUGGGCAACACCAAGGAGAGCCUCGCGGAGGCCGUACGCGUGCAGAACGUGAAGCGGCAGCUCACGAAUGCGGUGUACUUGCAGGACGAGUGCAUCGAGCUGUAUGGCCUCAAGUUCUACGGCACGCCGUGGCAGCCGGAGUUCUGCAAGUGGGCGUUCAAUCUGCCGCGCGGCGAAGCCUGCCUGGCCAAGUGGGACGCCAUCCCAGCCGGCGUGGACGUGCUGAUCAGCCACACUCCGCCGCUGGGUCACGGCGACCUGUGCUGCACCGGCGUGCGCGCGGGAUGCGUGGAGCUCCUGUCGUCAGUGCAGCAGCGCAUCAAGCCCAAAUAUCACGUUUUCGGGCACAUCCACGAAGGCUACGGCGUGACGUCCGACGGCAAGAUUAUCUUCAUCAACGCCUCCACGUGCGACAUCAACUACUUGCCCAGCAACCCGCCGGUGGUGUUCGAUAUCACGCUGCCGCCGGGACACACGAGGGACUGAGCCGAAUCUCUCCAGCACCCGAAUCUAGUCACUUGCCAUAAGCUCAACUCACGCGCUCUGAAAGAAUCUCGCUCAUAGUAAUCUAAAAUGGUGUCAUUUUAUUAUUUUCCAUAUUCAUUAGACUCGAGAUAAUAAAAAUUCUGCAUGAAAUUUAUCAACAAUCGUCAAUAAUUCUCCCUCUCAAUCUUUUUCUUCUUAUAAUGCCUGAUAAAACUAUGAUAUUCCUGCAUAAAAGUUCGUAAAACAGAAGUUUCUAUAAAUGAUAAUU